AUGAAACUCCGAACCCUUAGUGAAAUUGAUAAAUUUUACACAGAACAAAAGAAGCAGGAAUGCCAUAAAGAAAAGAAAACAGCUGUAGCCAUGGCACAAGUUGCCCAAGAAAGAGUUAGCAUAACUGUUAAUGAAUAUUUAAAUGAGAAAAAAUAUGUUGCACAAAAGUUAAUUGAAAAAGAUAAUGAGACACUUCAGGGUGGUUUACGACAACUUCGGCAGAACAGAUUUGACUAUUUUGAAAAAGUAAGAAAGAGAAGAGCUCUGUUUCUGGAAGAGAAAACCCAAAAGGCUGCAGAUCGUUUAUUAGUUCAAAACUUAAAUAAUGAGCGCACUCUUUUGAUCAAAGGAAUGAUUAAAGUCGACCGAUUGAAGCAGAAUGAGGCUGUCCUAAAAGAGAAAAGUCUCAUCGUUCAGAAAAAACUAAAAGCAGAAAAAUAUCAAAAGAAUUUACUUAAACAAAUGAAGGAAUUUAG